AUGCUUUCACAGCGCACGAGGGACUGGAUUUACUUCGGUUUCUUCGCGAUACACCUUCCAGCGACCCUGCUAGUCGACAUCCAGGCGCUGUUCUGUGCCGAAGCGCUCUCGCCGACAUGGCUUCGGACGCCCUUCCUCUUUGCCUCGAAGGAUGACCCCUUGCUCCAGAACGCCAACUCGCCGCUCUUUGCCUGGUUCCAGAGCUUCAUCAUCCUUGAGAUCCUGCUACAAGUGCCCGUCUUCGUGGUGGGCAUGCGGGGACUGUGGAAGAACACGCCUACCAUCUACCCGCUCCUGCUACUCUACUCCUCUUCUUCCGCCACGACAACCCUCGCCUGCCUCGCAACGGUCCUCUCGCUCCCUUCGAUCCCGCCAGCGCACAUGACCAAACUCCUCGCGAGCUACACGCCGUUUUUCCUCGUACCGGCGGUCAUGGCGGUAGACAUGCUUGGACGGUUAUCGGGGCUAGUAAGGCGGGCGGAGAAGGGGAAGGGAAAGGCGGAUUGA